GCUCCGGCGGACGAAGAGGGAGGUGAAGGCGGAGGCCUUGGAGCCUGGCGCCGUGGUCCUCUAUUGGGGCGACCGCCGGGGCAUCAUCCGCGACUCGUUCGCGCCGCUCGACGAGUUCUGGGUCGCGGAUGAGAGCUCGGGCCAGCUCGUGCGUGACGAGGACGAGAACAUCGUCUCCUUCGUGGCUGACGACCUCGUUCCAGUCGCGACCGCGCCCUACUCCAAGUAUCUGGUACAGGAUGCAGAUGGGACCGAUGGCGCCCCCGCGAAGGCAGGCCAGGAGCGGGUCUCCUGA